CCCGGAUGUAGAGCCGGGUGUGUGAAUGGUACGAGAUGAGGGUGUGGGGAGGUCACACAUGCGCAGUGCUGCUGCGGUGGCCCGGGGGUCUGUGCGGAGACGCGGCUGGGCUUGGCAUUCGCCCUAAAGAUAGGGAGGCUGAGGAAAGGGGCUGGGCUUUUGGCAGGAGCCCGGGCCGAGCAGGGUUGGGCUGCUGCUGCAGGGAGGGCGCGGGCCCUCCUUCCCACACUCCGGCAGGUACCGACCCGACCUGAACUGGAGGCGGCCCCACCCAUCCCAGGCUGCCCCUGCCCCGGGGCGCCCCUCCCCCCCACCCUGCACGUCUGGGCCCAGGCAUGCAGGGCCCCUCCCCCACCCACCUCGUCCCUCCCCGGACCCUCUACCUACCCCGGGAUCCUCCACUACCCCUCUUCCACACAACGCACAUCCCCAGCCCUGACCCCUCCCCCAGACCCUGCAUAUUCCUAGCCCUGGCCCCUCCCCUAGACCCUCCCCCGAUCCUUGUCUCUCUCUACCAUUCCUCUUCCACACAAUGCACAUCCCCAGCCUAGACCCCUCCCCUGCACCCUGCAAGUCUCAAGCCCUGCCUUCCACCCCCUCUCCCCCCAAACACACAUGGCACAUCCCCAACCCCUGCUCUUCCCCCAGACUCCCCCCACCCCAUCCUCCCUCCACUACCCCCCCAUACAUGCACCUCCCCAACCCUGUCCCCUCCUCCAGGCAGUGCCCCCCAUUCCAACCUCCCUCCACCCCCCCAAACAUUCCAUGCACAUCCCCAGGCCCGAUCCCUCCUCCAGACUCCCUCUCCCCCCCAGCCCCCCCGCCCCCCCCCCCGCCAAGCCUCAUACACACAAAGCACUUCCCUCUCCCCACCCCCCCCAUCCCAGCUCUCUCUGCCGCUUUACACCCAUUUUGUACAUCCCCCGCCCUGACUCCUCCCCCAGACCCCUACCCCCACCCCUCUCCUUGCCGGGCUCCCUCCACCCUUUUUCUCACACAGUAUACAUUCCCAGCCCUGACCCCCUUCCCAGCCCCCUGCACAUUCCAGCUCCUCUUCCUCGCCCACAUACACUUUACAACUUGAGCCUCUGGAAUGCAGAUACCCCCAAACUUUCCUACCCCUGUGUCUCCCCUAGAACUUCCCCAUAUUUAUACAGUACAUGCUGACAUUCCUAUCCCCACCUGUUCCCCUUCUCUCUGGGAUGCACAUUCCUAGCCCCUAGCAUGUAGCUAGCUACCCCAUACACACACUACAGUCCCCCAAAGCUCUCCACUUCAAUCCCUCCCCAGAAGCUGCUGCCCAGGGUGUGUUGACAUCCUGCAUCCAUCCUAAGCUCUCUUUACUCCCACUUCCACUUUACAGUUCUAGCCCCAUGGACCCACCUUGGCCCUGGAGAUUUACCUUUGGAGGGGCUGCCCCAGGCCACUACCCCACAGAUGUCCCAUCUGUCCCAUCCACACCUGGCAUUGUUAACUACCCUUUGGUGGCCACUCACACCCCUGGGAGGGUUAGCCCUUCAGCCCCAAGCACAGGCAGCAUUCCUUAUCCUCUACCAUUUCCAAGACCCAUACACCCAUUAUAUCCACUUAUAUCCCUUGGACAAACCAUUGCACUGGACUACCAGAUCCCUUGACCCCUCUGGUACCUCCCUUCCUGAUCCCUGGAACCCUCCUGUAUGUCAGCCUAUGUGCAUACCUCCAACAGACCCCUUCCUCUCCAGCACCCCAAAUCCCUUCCUGUGCUCCGCUGGUCCCAACCAGGCUAGCUCAGGUCUUUUUGUUUUGUUUUUUUUGUCUGUGUCCCACAGGCCAUCUGUGACAGUCCCCUCCCCCAAGUCUCUCUUUUCCUAGGGUCUUGGUAGCCAGUGUAGAGGGAGGAUCCUGAAUGAUGCCCAGGGGCCGGGCCUGGACCCAGCAGGAGAUCAGCUGCCUCCUGACCCUGAUCCAGGACUCUGGGGAGGUCACAUUGCUCAUGGCCUCCACUUCAAGGCCCAAUGAGGCCUUGUGGCAGUCCAUCUCCCAAGGGUUGGGGGCAUCAGGCUAUGGUCGAAGUGUGGCUCAGUGCCGAUCCAAGUGGAAGGCAUUGAAGCAGGCCUUCUACUCAGAGUGGGAAACAAGUCGCCAGGCAGGAGGUCCCUCCUCUCAGCCCCCACCCCACUACCGCACCAUGAAGAGGCUGUGGAAGGCUGCUGGGAGGCCAGUUUUUGGAGAACGUCGCCUGCCAGGCUCUGAAACAAACCUUGAAGCAGGUCCGCCAUCUUGUGCCAAGAAAGAAACUAAUGCUCCUGAGGAGAAGCAGGAAAGCCCUCCCCCUUCCCAGCUUCCAGAAGAGACUCCAGCCUUGGUGCCAGAGAUCCCAGUGAGGCCAGAUCUGGUCCCUGAAGUAACCAGAGAAGAGCCAGCCCAUGUGUCAGUGCUCCAAGGCCCUGGGGUGGUGAGCCUUCUCCAGAACAUGCAGGAGCUUCUGGUACAGAUCUUGCAAACAUCGAGACAGCAGCAGGCGCUGCUUGAGAGCUUGGCCCAAGACACUGUCUCCCACCUGCACCUGCUGUCUGAUGGCCUGGGCCAGAUGGGCCAGACCUUGCAGGCCCUGCUGAUGCAUAGCCCCAGCUGGCAGAGCCCCCGUUCCCUGCUCACGACUGCACACACUGGCACUCGGCCUCACCCCUCCGUCCUGGGCCUGCACUCUCCCCAUUCCCCCUCCAUUCCUGCUGCCCCCGUUGGCCCCUGCCUGAAGGAGGAGACCAUCUUGCCCCCACCCAGGUUUGCUCCAUUAUGAAUGUGAACCCUCUUCCCGUUGCUGUGGCGAGAGCCAGUAAGACCACUCUGUCUCUGAUUUCCUUUUUCCUGCCAGUGACUACAGAUCCCCUGCUUCCCCACCCCUGGUAGUCUGUACCCAAGACUGGAGACUUUUAUGUAAAUGUCCUCAUAUUUUAGAAAAUAUUUAAUUUAAAAGAAACAUGCAUCCUUUUUUUACAGUGAGAGAUUAUUUGAUUAAAGAAAAAAAAAUCAAAA